AUGAGCAAGCCAGUUAAGUUUCCGGUUUCCAGUCAGUCAGUGUUGGCAAACAUGACGCGGUUCUAUGGUCUUGAUAAUCAGAUACACCAGUGUCGAAAUCCGGAUGAUAAAGGACUCCAUUGGUUAAAACUUCGUGUCCUUUUUCAGUCCUUUUUGUAUUCUUUUUUGUGUUUGGUAACAGUUCCCGACUCCGACCUAUGUUUAGCCAGAGCCUCGUUUGACAGCAAUCCUUCGGCUACUAGCACGAAGAGCCACGGACUUCGGGGCCAUACGGAAUAUUCGCAUAUCCGCUGUGACAAAAUAGCAAAAAUAGUCAAAAAUAUCAACUCUCAGAUACAAAGAAGGACAAAACGGACGUAUCACCUCAAUGUGAUGGGCCACAAUAACAUCCAGGAUGGCCCUCGAUCUAUUCCACGAAAUCAGCGAUCCAGGGGAGAUUAA